GCGCUGCUCUAUGGUGAGGCGGAGGUCGGGGGCGGUGAGGGGCGGUUAAUGGCCGCUACAAGCAGCGCAGCCGCCUCUGAGGGAACGCGGAAGUCGGGUGCCGGCGUCCCGGCGCAACGGCGGAAGAAGGUCCACGGCAAGGUGUGAAUACAGGCCUUCAUUUUAGCAUUUGGUUUUCUUAGCUCUCGCCUGCUUUCACCAAAGAGAAUUGAAAGGCAAAAAGCUGCGUACUCCUCCCAAGGGGAGGAGGGAAGAAAUGCAUCUGAAGCUUCUACCAAGAAUUCUUACAAAUCAAGUGGAUGAGAUACAUAACUUAUGUCACCGGCACACUAUCAUUUGAACAAGCUGUGGUGAUAGACUUGAUGUGCUUUUCCUCUGUUUAAUACAGUGGUAUUUCAGGGUGAUCUUCAUAGAAACUACUAAAGACUUCAGAGAAUUCAUUUUAGGCAAAAUAAGUGAAAUAAGUUGUUCUGAUAAAGUAAAAUGGAUCCUUGUUCAGUUGGAGUUCAGCUUCAAGCUACCAAUGAAUGCCAUAAGACGUAUUACACCCGUCACACUGGCUUCAAGACUAAGCAAGAUAUAUCUUCAUCUGAUCUACUGUUACUUCAGCUUAGAACUGGAAUAACCCUUUCCGAGAACAAUACAAUCUGCUUCCACCAUGCAAAAAUUUACAUUGAAAGAUUUGAAGACUUACAGAAAUCAUGUUGUGAUCCCUUUAAUAUACACAGAAAACUAUCAAAGAAAAACUUACGAGCAAUUGACUUAGACGAUGCAACUUUUCUAAGUGCCAAGUUUGGAAGACAGUUUGUACCUGGUUGGAAGCUUUGUCCCAAAUGUAUGCAGAUAAUAAACGGAAGCGUGGAUGUUGAAUCUGAAGAUCGCCAAAGAAGAAAACUUGAUUCGGACGGGCGUACAGCUAAGGCUUUAAAGUCUCUACAGUUUGCUAAUCCAGGACGACAGACUGAAUUCACUCCUGAGACCAGCAAGAGGGAAAAAAGAAGGCUGCAAACAAAAAAUGCAUCAUUUAAUUCAGACAGGCAAGUUAUACCAGCCAAGAGUAAAGUCUACGAUAGCCAGGGGCUACUACUUUAUAGUGGGAUGGAUCUCUGUGAUUGUCUUGAUGAAGAUUGCCUGGGAUGUUUCUAUGCUUGCCCCAAGUGUGGCUCCAACAAGUGUGGAGCUGAAUGUCGCUGUGACCGCAAGUGGCUAUAUGAGCAAAUUGAGAUAGAAGGAGGGGAAAUAAUUAGAAAUAAGCAUGUUGGUUAGUGUAUAUGCACAUUAUUUAUCCUGAGUAUAUAUUCCAUGCUUUGAUUAAACACAGCACAUUCAUCAUUUAGUGGUUUAAUGAAAGCCAUUGGAAUUUAUCUCAAGCCACAUGAUUAAUGUGCUCACUUUCACAUUCAUUUUCAGUGUGAUUAUGAAGAUAAUUGUACUACUGUCUUUUCACACUUCAUUCUACUUUGUACUCAGUCUUGUUAGUCAUCCAAGUAAGUCUCAUUGAACAAUCUUUCACUGUAUUUAAGUAUAAGGUACUAUAUUUUCAUGUGAGAGGUCCUGAGCCACUCACUAUGGUUUCAUAUACUGUUUUGUAGAGUGUAUGUAUCCCUCAUUUUUCCUUCUCUAGUUCAGGAUCUCAUGGUUUUGAAUCCGGUUUAUGUGAAACACUCUAAAAGUUUUCAGUGAAUUUACGUGCAGUGUUAAUAAAGCUCUCUCCAGUAUUAACAGUGCAUGCUGUAUCUUGUAUAGAUUAUCCCAGCAACAUCUGAUAAAUUCAAUCCUGUUCACUUAAAUGGAUUCAAAGGCAAUUAGGAGUUCAGAUCCUAUCCAGUUUACUGGGAUUUGAGAUCAAGUUAUCCUUAUGAAUUAAAGUCUCACUGUUGAAGUGUUUAAAUUAAAUUAAAUUGUCAAGGCAUUGAAAAAUAACAUUGAAGUAUUUAAUUAUGGUAGUGUUUUGUUGGUUUCUGUAUCACACAAUUGAAAUAAUUUUGCUGUAUUUGUUAUCAGUCUGUAAUUGGGCUGGACUGGUAAUUCAACAGCCCUCUCCCUGUUUUUUUCUUUUUACUUGUUUUUAAGGUAAAAGUUUACAUGCAGCUGAAAUGAAUUUGAGUGUCUGGUCCCAAACUAAGAAUAUCCAGACCGCUACCAAAAAACCCCAGUUGAAUUGAAAAUUGAAGUUAUGUUUAGUUGAUGCAUUAUCUAUCCUCAGAACAUUAAAAUUUUACAAUACAACAGGAUUUAUGGAAAAGAGAAUUUAUAACUGAAAUCUUAGUAACAUUAAGUGUUAUUCCCUUGUAUUUUUGUUGUGUUUUGGAUAAGUUACCUAUCUCUGUGAUAGGCUUGGAAAAUCUGCAUGUUUAUUGGGUCACAUUUAUUCAAGAACACUGUUAACUAUUGAUUUCUGAAGACUUACUUGGUAAAGUUGUAUAAUCUUGCUAUUUGUUUAGAGUGUUUUCUGAUAAGUGUCAUGAAGGUUGCAUUGCUAAAAUCCAGUUAUGCUUUGAGUUGUACUGACAUCUGCUGGUUCUAGUGAAGUACAAGCAUCAAUUUAUACUACACUGUUAUUAAAUCUGCUACAAAAAUAAACAGACUUUCUCUUUUUUGGUCA